AUGGCCUACCACGGAGGAUACGGCGAAGCUAGUGGGCCACAGCGCCCGUACGCCAGCUCGGCCGCGCAUCCUCCUGGGCCCCGUGGCUUCAACGACAGGCCACCGCCCACCCGCCAGUACGCGCCGCGCCGAUCGCAAGACGAUUACGGAGAUGGAUACGGCCACGACGAUCGUGGCGGAGGCUACGCGCAGCAAGGCCAGGGCUACGGUCAGCCGCGAGACUAUUACCCGCCUGGUCCGGGAGGCCGAGGGGGCCCAGCAGCCCGCCCUUCGACUGCCGACGGCCGCCGAGGCGAUCCCUACCCGUCGAGAGCGAGGGGCAUGGACCCCGGGUCGGAGCCUGCCCGGGGGCUGCCCGCUCGUCCGCAUCCCCAAAACUCAGAUCAUGGUGCCGGUCGGCAACCGCCAAUGGCCAACGGCCGACCCGGUCGCCACGACCCUGCCUAUGGCAUGGACCAGGACCUCGCUGGCCAGAUGUCGGGGAUGGCUCUUAAUAAUGGCCAUCCUGCGCAAGGGGACUAUGGACGCCCGCCUAUGAACGGCAAUAGAGGGCCUCCGCCUAGAAAUUAUCCCUCUCGUGGCUACAGCGACCCAAGGCCGGGCCCACCUCCUCGACAGGCUCCCAACGGCUACGGGGGCUACGGCCACGACUACCCGUCCGGCCCUAACGGAGGAAACCCCUCGGGCGAUCCGAACCCUCCCGCUCGAAGCAUGACGGCGCCUGCUCACGACUCUGACCCGAGGCACAACAUGCCGCCGCCGCCGCAGCGAACCGAGACGAUGCCAUUUAAUGGCCCCGCUGGUCGGGGUGGCGUACCGCCGCGGCCCUCGACCGCAUCGGGAAAUCGGCCUCCUCCACGAAGAAUCUAUCCUCCCGAGUCUCAAGGGCUGCCGCGGAACGGUCAGGGCGGCGGAUACCAGAGCGCCGGCGGAUAUGGCCUGCCAGACAUCGACGGCGUGCCGGGGCUCGCUCGAGGAAAUUCCUUUGAGCAACCGCAGCGCGGCGCGCAUCAGAUGCCGAGGCUGCACCAUGCCAAGUCCGCGGCCAACGUCCGUGAGCCUCAGGCCGCCGUCUUCGAGAUGGCGUCCGACAUGCCCGCGGUUCCCCCCGUGCCGCAGGUCCAGCCCUAUCGACCCGAGUUCGGAGGGGGGUAUGGCCAGUCUGGUGGCUACGAGCAGAUGGCGCCGCCGCCACCGCGAGGCUACUCCGGCAGCGAUGGCCUAUCGCGGACGGGCACGAAUAUGUCGCAGAACUCGAACCCCGAUGCAUUACCUUCCCACCCUACGCCAGUGCGUCCUGGAUUGAUGGCGAAUUCCAUGCAGCAGCAGCAACCGCCGCCCCAGCAGCGGACGGAGCUCGAGAGGCUGCGCAUGGCCAUCAAGACCAAUGCCGGGGAUCAAGAUUCGGCCCUGAAGUUAGCCAGGAAGCUGAUCGAGGCCGCUGAUGUCCUGGCGCCCAAGAUGCCGGACGCCAAGCAGCGAGCCAGGACCCGCGAGCGCUACUUGUUGGACGCCCAGAAGAUACUCAAGAAGCUGGCAAGUGCCCAGAACCAAGACGCCAUGUUCUCCAUGGCCGACGGUCUCGGCAAGGGCCUCUUCGGCCACGAGCCGGACAACAAGGAAGCCUUUACGCUCUAUCAGUCGGCUGCGAAGCUCGGCCACCCUGCGGCGGCGUAUCGGACGGCCGUGUGCUGCGAAAUUGGACAUGAGGAGGGCGGUGGGACGCGCAAGGAUCCGCUCAAGGCGAUGCAGUGGUACAAACGGGCGGCGACCCUGGGUGAUCCGCCCGCCAUGUACAAGCUGGGCAUGAUCUUGCUCAAGGGCCUGCUGGGCCAGCAAAAGAACCCGAGGGAAGCGGUCGGGUGGCUGAGGCGGGCAGCGGAGCGAGCAGACGGCGAAAACCCGCACGCGCUGCACGAGCUCGGGCUGCUGUACGAGUCGGCGCAGCCCAACGACGCCAUCAUCCGCGACGAGCGUUACGCGCUGAGCCUUUUCCAGGACGCGGCGGAGCUUGGGUACAAGUUUUCGCAAUACCGGCUCGGGUGCGUGUUUGAGUACGGCUUGAUGGGGUGCCCGAUCGACCCCCGGCAGUCCAUCUUCUGGUACUCCAAAGCGGCGGCGCAGGAGGAGCACCAGUCGGAGCUGGCGCUGAGCGGUUGGUAUUUGACGGGCAGCGAAGGCGUGCUGGGACAGAGCGACACCGAGGCGUACCUGUGGGCGAGAAAGGCGGCCGUCGCCGGGCUGGCCAAGGCCGAGUACGCAAUGGGAUACUUUACCGAGGUGGGCAUCGGCGUCCCGGCCAACUUGGAGGAUGCCAAGCGGUGGUACUGGCGUGCUGCUGCACAAGAAUUCCCCAAGGCACGAGAGAGGCUCGAGGACCUCAAGAGAGCAGGCAAGCACGGCCGUCCGAGACCACGCGAACGAAUAUCCAGAAGCCGCAUCGAGAAGCAGCAGGAGGGAGAGUGUAGCAUCAUGUGA